AUGGCCGUAGCUACUCAUGACUCUCUGAGCUUCACCGGACUACCUAAGCAAGACGGAAACCGAUGGAUCCCCUUGGAGAGCGAUCCGGACAUUAUGAAUGAUUGGGCGCAACAACUUGGCUUGCAGACAAGUGUCCAUUCCUUUCAGGAUGUGUAUGGACUGGACUCCGAACUCCUGGCUCUGGUGCCUCGGCCGGUCAAGGCGAUCCUUUUGCUAUUCCCCAAUGUUCAAGCAGUCGAAGACGCACGUAGUGCAGAUGAAGCGAAACGUACUGCAGCGAGCAGCGAUCCUAUUGAUCCCGAUGUGAUUUUUAUCAAGCAGACUAUCAGCAACGCAUGCGGAACAAUUGCCCUGCUCCAUGCCCUGGCCAAUGCACCAGACGUGAGGAUCACUUUGGGUAGUCCCCUAGAGCAGUUCAUCAAGCAAUGCAAAGACAAGACACCACAAGAGAGGGCAGAAUUGCUGGAGAACACCAAUUUGUUUGCCCAGAUGCACAAAGCCGCUGCUGAAGCGGGUCGUUCUGUAAUCACGCCGGACUUGGAGACCGAUUUGCACUUCAUCUGCUUCAUUCAGGCCAAAUCCCAGUCCGAUCCGGAUGGCAUGCGACUCCUCGAGCUGGAUGGUCGUAGAGCUACGCCUGUGGACUAUGGCCCUUGUACCGACAUGCUAGCUGAUGUAGCUAAGGUCGCCCAAGACAAGUACCUCAAUUCGACUAACAGUCUGCAAUUUAGUAUGACUGCUCUAGCACCCACAGAUUUCUAG